AUGUCUUUGUUCCGCGGCUCCGAAUACAACCGCUUCGGCUCUUCCACGCAGAAGGAGGCGCUCACCUAUUAUGACAUGAAUCUGUCGGCUCAGGACCACCAGACCUUCUUCACGUGCGAGGCCGACGUCGGCCGACCCGAGUUCGAGAUCAUGCAAACCGCGUGGCGCGAGAGAGAUCCGCUCGUGAGGAUCAAAGCGGCGAAAGAGGCGCUCGAGAAGAGCGCGGACUGCGCGCCCGCUUUCAUACUGUUGGCCGAAGAGGAAGCGGUCACCGUUUUGGAGGCGGAGAAACUGCUGAAAACGGACAUCAAUCUGCCGAAGUCGGCCGCCAUCUGCUAUACGGCCGCUCUGUUGAAAGCGCGCGGCGUUUCCGACAAGUUCUCGCCAGACGUCGCCUCUCGUCGCGGUCUCUCCACCGCAGAGAUGAACGCCGUGGAGGCGAUCCACAGAGCCGUCGAGUUCAACCCUCAUGUGCCCAAAUACCUGUUGGAGACCAAGAGUCUGAUCCUGCCGUCGGAACACAUCCUCAAGAGGGGCGACUCCGAGGCCAUUGCGUACGCCUUCUUUCAUCUGAAUCACUGGAAACGAGUGGACGGCGCGCUCAAUCUCCUCCACUGCACGUGGGAGGGCACCUUCCGGAUGAUCCCGUAUCCGCUGGAAAAGGGACACCUCUUCUAUCCGUACCCGAACUGCACGGAAAACACUGACCGCGAACUGUUGCCGCUCUUCCACGAAGUGUCCGUUUAUCCGAAGAAAGAACUUCCGUUUUUCAUCCUCUUUACGGCCGGAUUGUGUUCCAUAACAGCACUUCUCGCGCUCCUCACUCAUCAAUACCCCGAACCCAUGGGCUCUCUCGCCAAACUGCUCGUCUCGUGGCUGUCGCUGCCGUUGGGCUUUGUUGUCGACAAAAUGGAAUCCUUGCUUCCGUCUUCGCUUUUGCAACAAUUGUCUCGCAUUUAA